AUGUCACUUGGGUACGAUGCGCGGAAAGUGGAGGCGCUCAUCCGGACAAUUGCGGUUUCUUCAAAAUGUGAUGUCAUUUACGCCGCUGAGGUUGUUAAGCAGGCAAAAGAUAAUCAAAGAAAGAAUCAGCAGGAAUAUGAAAACUUAGUGUCAUGUUUAUUGUUUUGUUUGGAAAACUUUGAUGUAGUUGAGGGUGGUACAGCAGAGGUCAAGUGCGCGCUCGUGACGCUGGCGACGUUGCUGCAAUUAGACCUUACAGCCAAUCAGGUAUCUCAGUGCAAUAGUUAUCUUAGCAUUUGUUUGACUCAUGUGCAGGACGUGUCAGUUGCCUUCGUCGCCUCCCGUGCUUUUGGAGAGACACUCGUGACGAGUAUGACGUCGGACUUCGUUCAAGAGCAGGUGGAGGGCGCUUUUUUGGCAAUAGAUUUGAAGGAAAAUAUAACUCAUGCACAGAGAGUGUGCGCCUUGUUGAUGCUACAGGAGGUGGUGACUAAAAUUCCUAUGCGAAUUCUCGACAUGUUGGAUUCCUUAUUUGAAAAGUUGUGGGGUAUGUUAGCCUCUUCAGAUGCGAUGAUACGGGAGAUUUCGCAUCUGCUUUUUAUGGAUUGCGGAAAAUUACUUUGCAGUCGAUCUCCAGUUAACAGGAAGAAAACGGUAGACUCGUUGCUUCAUCAACUCAAGUUCAAUCUCGCCGCGAAGUCUAGAGAGAGCAACAUGGCUGGCUUGCUGGCCUUUGAAACUGUGGUGAUGACUUCAGUGGGAACUGCAUCUCAACCUCGAUACGAGGAUAUGUCCAUUAUGCUGGUCCCUUAUGUGAUGACUGGGGGGUCCACCAACAUUGCUGAGUUGAGAGAACUUCUCUUUCGCUGCCUUAUCGUGCUGUGCCGCUAUAGCACAACGUUGUUCAUCACCAAUCAACUGAAGGACACGGUUGGUUUUGCUCUCAAAUCAAUUGAGAACGGCUAUCAAGUUGCCGCGUCGUUCAAUAUGCUCAGUGAAAUCAUUGUAUUGGUUACAGACGUGGCGUUUCGUCCGUUCGUCAAUGAAACAUGCAAUGCUGUGCGUUACGUAUCUGGGAAGUCAUCUAAACCGUGCUGGGAGGCAGUCAGAUGCUUUUCAGUGAUAUGCCAUGUAUGCCCACCUGUCGAUGUGGAGAGCUACAUCGAGCCUUGCAUAGAAAACAUAUUUCGUUGGGGAUUGUCGCUGCCCCUUAUCGAAAGCAUGCCACACAUCAUAGCGUCGUCUAGCGCUAAGUACCGAUCGAGGUUAGAGGAGGGUUUGUUGGAUAUGAUUUCCGUAACUUUGUGCGGUCUACCGUUUCGUCAGCAACCCGGUUCGAAGGGUACCAUUACCAUGAAAGUGGAGUCAGAACCAACUGAGAGCCAAAUAACAGUUGCUCUUGAUGCAUUAGUCCAAUUUGGGUUUUCCGAUUCGGAGCUGAUGGGUGACUUCUUGCGGGACUCGGUGUUGCCCCUCAUCGACAGUGAAAGUGUAUCGGUUCGCACCGCGGCAGUUCGUACAAUUUGCACGCUGCUAAUCCCCCCUGGUGUUAAGGGUGAGCUUACAAUGGCACGCAGAAUAUGUGUUGAUGUAAUUUUGUCUCGUAUGCUUGUGGUUGGGCUGUCAAACCCCGACCCGGUCGUUAGGAAAGGAAUUCUCUCUUCGUUUACAGAACCAUUUUAUCCGUUUUUGAAGGAGGUGCAGUUUGUGACUUCGAUCUACGCUGCACUUGGGGAUGAGGAUAUAAGUUGUCGGGUAGCUGCCACCGUACUGCUCUGCCGCAUGACCUUUCACGACCCAUCCCACAUAUUACCAAUAUUUCGCAAACAAAUUGUUCAGAUAUUACAUACGGUAUCCACUAGCGACAACACAGGUGCCGUGCAAAGUGGGCUUCAACUGCUGGAUGCAGCCGCAUCCAACGCACCACAAUUUGUCAUGAACUUCGCGGAUGGUAUCAUCAAAGCACUUGGGCACCAUUUCUCAACGGUCAACAUCCACUCUUCUAUUUUGCAACAUCUACUGCGUUGCUGUACGUCAGUAGCGCAUGCUGCCCAUUUUUUUGGGAAUACCGAUGCCAUUUUCAGAGUAGAAGUGGACCGUGCGUACAUGCUGCUCAAAGCUCUACCCCUUGACAGCGAGUCUGUUGAGUUGCGUUUGUGGUGUCUUCGGUUCCUGUCUGCUACACUGGGCCCGCAGAUCGAAGGCCGGUCGCCGUAUGAGGUGUACCCUCAUCUUUACCAGCAGUUAAGCGGUAUCGUGAAAAAUAACGAUGAGGACUUGGACGUUCGUCUUGAGGCACUACGCUGCGCCGGAGUUAUUGGCGCACUUGACAUCAGCAUUUUCCAUUCCACAGUCGUCAAUCGGACUUGCAGACAUGAGGAAAUGAAACGAAACGAGCCGAGCACUCUUAGCCAUGCCAUGUGUUGCCGUGUGGUUAUACGCUCCAUCGCUUCUCUGCUGGAUCUAAGUGAGAAGCGUUUUUCGGGGGGAAAAGAUAAUGUACUGCGUGUGGGAAUUCAAACGAUUCUCAACAUUGCAGAAUCAUGCCCCGACUCGCGGGGAGAAAUUGCCGUUGUGAUUCCACCAGUGGUUCGUGCCGUGAGUGAACUCAGUGCGUGCCGUUUAUUAGGCACUCUGCUGCAUGAACUAACGCAGAUCAUAAGGUAUGUUGGGGUGGCGGCACUUUCACACGCUCAUUUACUGUACAAUUUGAUUGAUGAGUCAUGGGUAAAAUCGUCAAAGUAUCGUUUUCUUGCUGUCCGACUUGCUCUUACGCUUGUCACCCUUGAAGCGGACGGUAAGGCGGAAUCGAGGAGGAGCAACAUGCGGAUGUCCCCCAUCAAGUUUGACGCUCUUAACGAUAUUGAGUCAUCCGAGUCCUUACGCUAUGCCAUCAUAGAGUACAUCUUGAAGCAUACACAAACACUGAAAACGUGCGUGGAGACGGUUGUCACCAAUCUCUUGCGGGCUGCACAAAGGUGUCCCAUUGAUUUUGCGUUGUCUGUCAUAACGACGCUCCGUGUGGUUUGUUUCCGCCUUCACGUUGAUGAAUUUGCGGGUCUCAUUGUUCGCGGGCUUCUCAGCUGUUUGAAAACUCGGCUUUCAACAUCUAUGAGGGCGACGGAGCAAAACGCGUUCGUCAGCCGCAUCAUGGGUGUUUUUUGCGUUUUAAUGACAGUAUUGCAGAGCGAGUUUGUCAAAUAUUCAUCGGAGGUGCUUCGGACACUGAAAACCCUUCGCGUAUCAAAUAACGAAUUAAUUACCCUCCAUGGAACGUUAAUGAAGGGUGGCGUUUGCACCUUGAGUAAAGGUUUUGUAACAGAGCAUCAAAAGCAAGUGGUGCGACUCCUCAAGGAGUGUGAAGGCAUCGCCCUUCGCCACGUCUCUGAUUUGGACAAGGUGUUGAGCACACGGGGAAAUGUGGACGAGAAGGGCUGGAAUUCUGAUGAUGGAGAGCGCCCCCUUCCCUUCUCUGAGAAGCUGAUCAUCAGCACGACCAGAACGGCUCCCCUUACUAAGGAGGAAUGGCUCAGGUGGCUCAAUGACUUCUCUUGUGUCAUCAUGCAGGAAUCCCCUUACAGAGUUUUUCGGUGUAUCUCGCUACCGCUGACUGCUAACACCUCGCCACUAGUGGAUUGCUCACCCCAGUUCACUCAAGAUAUCGCUCCGCACGCGUUUCGGGCCCUCUGGAACUUUGCGAGUGCAUCCGUUCGCUCGUCUCUCGCCGAUUUCUUCUUCCAGGUUCUACAACAAGCCAUGGAGUCCUCCGCUGUACCCGAUGAGGUGGUCUCCGCUCUCCUCACCGUCGCGGAAUAUAUGGACAAUGUGGGGAUGGCACUUCCCAUUGCUCCCAGUAUUCUUUCUAGAUGUGCAUGGGGUCGGGGGAUGCUCGCAAAGGCUCUCUAUUGGUGCGAAGCGGCAUACAGGAAGGAUCCUCGGGGGACAGCGAAGUACCUGUUUAGUCUUUACCGUGAAUUGCAGCAGUCGGGGCUUCUUAUGGUCACUGGACAUUCAGAAAGCUUGAAACUCCUACAAGGAUGUAUUGACAAUGAGCGUAGUGAAUCGGAUGGCAGCGACGAGUACUCAGUGAAGUGGUUAUCGCGGCAGGAGUCUCUCCGGCGAAUGUGUGGGGUGGGUGGUCGUUCCCGCUCGGAUGCCAACAGUUCCUUCAAUGGUGAGGAUGUGAAGUUAGACCCUGAAAUGGAAAAUGAGGUUAAUACAUUGUACGCACUAAGCGAAGCUGGUGAUUAUGAUGCAGUGCUUGAGCAGUGGAAGGUACUGUUUCAAAAAUAUAACGGUAGGGACGAGCAGAAGAGGGAAGAAAACACCCUUUUCUACGUGUCACAGUGCGCCGCUGAUGCUUCAAUACGCCUGCAGGCGUGGGAUACACUGGAGGACACCACGCGUUGGCAACUAAACGAUACUGUGUCGUACCAUGUCUCGCGUGCUGCGCUUAGCAUUCACAAGCGCCGCUACGAAGAGGCAACUUCGGCAAUCAAUGAGGGGCGGAAGCUACUUUUAGAGGAUCUUUCAGGGCUUUUGCAUCAAUCGUACACUCGCGCGUACGAAGGUCUCGUUAUUGCGCAAAAGCUGUCUGAAUUGGAAGAGAUCGUGACGGUAAAGCGAGCGGAGGUGGUGUCUUCAACGCAUCAUCUGAGCCGCGUCCUGCGUUUGUGGAGCCAACGCAUUGAGAUGAUGUCCUCUACAGUUUCUGCAUGGAAGGAGGUCCUCGGGGUGCGUGGCUUGCUCAUUCCGCCAGGCGAGGACGUUGCUACACGUCUUCGCUUUGUGAAUCUUUGUCGGCGCGAGAAGGCAAAGCAACACGAGCGUUUCAUUUUGUGUCAGUUGUUGGGUUAUCGCUGCCCAACAUCGGAACAGCUCAUGCACAGCAACGCAAACCCCCGUGUAGUGAUGCAGUACAUUAGUUUUCUCUCUGCAAACGGUGAGCUUGGACCAAAGAGUUCUUAUGGUCUCGAGCGUGACCUGCUGAAGAGGAUGAUCGAUACACACUCAAGGAAUGAGAACGCUUUUCUCUUGUCGAGCGCUUAUGCGAGGCUUGGCAGCAGUGCAGAACUUUCUGAGGCUGUGCAAUGCUACAAGGCGGCUACAACUUAUUGCCCUAAAUGGUUCCACGCGUGGCGCAUGUUUGCGGAGUCGAAUGCGGAGAUGCUCGAUGUCACAUUCUCCGACGCCACAUGCGCAGCCGCAAUUGAAGGCUAUAUACAGAGCAUUAAACUGGGAAACUCAGAUUCCACCAUUAUUCAGGAUGUUUUGAAGCUCCUCACUUUACUCAGUCGUCAUUGUGAUCAGGAAAGUGGGUUGAAGGAGUUACGUAAGCGGGUUUUCGAGGUGUCGCCGCGCGCUUGGAAAUUGGUGGUUCCGCAACUCAUUGCGCGUCUGGACUCCGGUUCCGAUGGCAGCUGUGAGCUUGUCGCGGAGAUUCUAACAACUGUCAGUUUUGAUUGUCCACUCUCGCUAAUUUAUCCCCUCAACCUGUGCGCAAUGUCCAACUCUAGGAGGCGGAGGAAGUACGCAAAUAUAAUUCUUGACAAACUGCAGAGCAAACACCCUCUUGUGGUUAAUCAGGGGCGAAUCCUUGUAGACGAGUUGGUGCGGACUUCGGACCUCUUGCAUGAGCAGUGGUAUCAUAUGCUGGAAUGUUCCGCUACCGCAUUUUUUGACCGAAACGACUAUAAAGGUAUGCUAGACGUGCUUCUUCCUUUGCACGAGAAGCUGCACCUCUCCACAGAUACUAUUGUCGAGGCUGAGUUUACUUGUAAGUUCGGCAAUAAGCUUGAUAGGGCCCAAGAGUGGCUUCAAUCAUACCUCCGAACGGGAUCUAUAGCUGACCUUCACUCGGCUUGGAACAUUUACCAUGCAGUUUAUCAACAAAUCGACAAACAGAUAAGGUCUCAAAGUAAGUUGCACCUUUCAUUUUGUAGUCCAAAGCUGUUUGAAGCAAGAAAUCUCGCAGUGGGACUCCCCGAUGCGAUGCCAUCCGAGGAUUGUGCGGUAAGGUGUACUGCCUCCUUUAACGGCACACUCACUGUGAUUGGAAGUAAACAGCGACCUAAGAGGCUUAGCGUCACAACAGUGGAUGGAGAAACACAAAAGUAUUUGUUGAAGGGUCGUGAGGAUCUGCGUCUUGAUGAGAGGGUAAUGCAACUCUUUAGACUUGUGAACACUCUCAUGAUGACGGACUCAAGAACCUGCAAGAAUCCUGGAUUCCAGAUUCAGCGGUAUUCUGUCACACCACUCAAGGACACGGUGGGUCUUAUUGGUUGGGUUAGCGGCUGUGACACGUUACACACGCUCGUGACGAAGUACAGGAAGUUUCGUGGUAUUCCACCGGAGCUCGAGUUGCGCAUGAUGAAUCAAAUCAUUGUAUGCGAUAGGCCAAAAACCUACGACCACCUCACGAUGAUAUCGAAGGUUGAGGUGAUGGAGUUCCUUGCAGAUCAUACUUCAGGUCACGAUGUUAGAAAGGCAAUGUGGGCCUCAGCUUCCAAUUGUGAGAUGUGGCUUGAGCAAAGGCAGGUGUUUACAACAUCUUCGGCAACCACGUGUAUGGUUGGUUAUAUUCUCGGUUUGGGGGAUCGGCACCCCAACAAUGUGAUGAUUCAACGUACGUCUGGGUUAUUUGUCCAUAUCGAUUUUGGUGACUGCUUUGAAGUUGCGAUGACACGUCAAAUGUUCCCUGAAAGGGUGCCCUUCCGCUUGACACGAAUGAUACGCAAUGCAUUGGACGUGUUUGGUGUCGACGGACCAUUUCGUUCAAUCGCAGAGACCGCCAUGUGCGUUCUGCGCGAUGGAAGCCGGAGCGUGCUUGCCAUUCUUGAGGCCUUUAUUCAGGACCCACUCAUCUCUUGGAGGUUAUUGAACCACAUGAAAAAGGAACCUGGGGACUCCACAGUACAUAAAAACAUUGAUGAACAAAGUGAAGCGGUGGGACCGCGGAUGUCAUCCGUUGCAUUUCCUGGUGCACCUGUAAGGGACGAUAUGUUCACUGUGGACUCCAAACUCACCCGCUGUGCAUCCAUACCGGAUGACGAUGUAGUUCAUAAAGGUGUUAAGGUAUUUCAGCGAGUUCGAUCGAAGCUGAAAGGGGAGGAGUUCUUAAGAACAAAAGGCGACACCAAAAGUACCGAUCCAAAAGUACAGGUUGCACGGCUGAUUGUUGAGGCGACAGAUAUUACUAACGUCGCUCAGUCAUGGGCGGGUUGGUAUCCGUUCUGGUAA